UGCUCGGCGUUUUGACGUUCUUUUUCGGAGUUGAGGUUGAAGGCUGUAGGAACUUGAGUGAAAAUGGCAAAGUCCAAGAAUCACACAACACACAAUCAAUCUCGUAAAUGGCACAGAAAUGGUAUCAAGAAACCAAAAUCUUAUCGAUACGAAUCUUUGAAAGGUGUUGAUCCCAAGUUUCUUCGGAACAUGCGUUUUGCCAAGAAGCACAAUAAGACGGGGCUGAAGAAGCUCUCCAGUAGCAGAGGAGAGAAAUAGACCCAGUUAAGGUGGUCAUGAAUUGAGUUCUGGGGUCCUGAAUGAACGUUUCUGCAAGCUGUGGUCCCUGGUGGUCACAGUUGACUGUCUUGUAACAUCUUGUACAGUGCCUUUUGCCUUUGUACAAAAUAAACUGCUGUGGGAUGCACACUA